CUGCUCCGGUUCCGGCGCUCGGCCGCUCCGUUGCCCUCGGCCGCCUUGGUUGCGGCCCUCCGCUGAGGCGCCAUCGGGCCAGGCCGCCGCAGAGCCGAGCCGGACGCGGGCGCCAGGCCCGGGGACGGACGCCGUGACAGGGAGCGCGAGGCGGGCGCGGCGCAGGGACGCGGGAGCGACGCGCUCGGCCAUCGGCCCCUGGGCUGGCGGCCAGGCCCGAGCAAUCGGCGGCCGAUCUGGGCGGGGCUCAGAGCGGAGGCGGCGGCCGCGGGGGCGAGGUCCGCCUGGUUGCACCCCCGGACCUCGCGGGACCGCGGCGGCGCAGGAAGAAGUCCCCGAGGAGACUUCCCCAUAGGAGUUCACAGAAAAUAUUGAAAUGUCAGGUUCCACGCCAUUUAAGAUGAGAUUAGUUCAUUUAGACCUUAAAGGAGCUCCACCAAAGGUCUCAUACCUCUCAGAGAUUUUUCCUCUGUUCGGUGCGCUAGGUGCAAACGGCCUCCUCAUUGAGUAUGAAGACAUGUUUCCCUACGAGGGCCCUCUGAGGCUGCUGAGGGCCAAGUACGCCUACAGCCCCUCUGAAAUCAAAGAGAUCCUGCAUCUGGCUGGACUCAAUGAGCUGGAGGUGAUUCCCUUGGUGCAGACAUUUGGACACAUGGAGUUUGUGCUGAAGCAUGCAGCCUUCGCCCACCUGCGGGAGGUGGGCCCCUUCCCCUGCACCCUGAACCCCCACGAGGCAGAGUCCCUGGCACUGGUGGGCGCCAUGAUCGACCAGGUCCUGGAGCUGCACCCAGGCGCCCGAUGGCUGCACGUCGGGUGUGACGAGGUCUAUUACCUCGGAGAGGGGGAGGCCUCGCGCCGGUGGCUGCAGCAAGAGCAGAACAGCACAGGGAAGUUGUGCCUGUCACACAUGCGGGCGGUGGCCAGCCGCGUGCAGGCCCGGCGCCCCAGCGUGACACCCCUGGUGUGGGACGACAUGCUCCGAGACCUGCCUGAGGACCAGCUCGCAGCAUCCGGGGUGCCGCAGCUGGUGGAGCCGGUGCUCUGGGACUACGCGGCUGACCUGGAUGUGCACAGCAAGGUCCUCCUCAUGCAGAAGUACUGGCGGUGCGGCUUUCUGCGGCUGUGGGCAGCCAGUGCCUUCAAGGGUGCCACGGGGCCCAGCCAGGCCGUGCCCCCCAUCAAGCACCACCUCAGGAACCACGUGCAGUGGCUGCAGGUGGCAGGCAGCAGGCCCACGGACUCACUGCAGGGCAUCAUCCUGACCGGCUGGCAGAGGUACGACCACUUCUCUGUGCUGUGCGAGCUGCUCCCUGCAGGAGUCCCGUCCCUGGCCGCCUGUCUACAGUUGCUUCUACGCGGAGGAUUUGAUGGAGAUGCUAAAGCGAAAGUGGAGAACCUUCUUGGGAUUUCCAACCUGGAGAUGAUGGACCCCGUUAGGGAGGGGGCCGGCUCCUUCCCUGGCAGCAACAUCCUUGCCCUUGUCACACAAGUCAGCCUCCAUCUGCGCAGCUCUGUGGACGCGCUGCUGGAGGGCAACACGUACAUCACCGGCUGGUUCAGCCCCUACCACCGCCGGCGGAAGCUCAUCCACCCGGUCAUGGUUCAGCACAUCCAGCCCACAGCACUCAGCCUCCUGGCGCAGUGGAGCACCCUCGUGCAGGAGCUGGAGGCCGCCCUGCAGCUGGCUUUCUACCCGGAUGCCGUGGAAGAGUGGCUGGAGGAGAACGUGCACCCCAGUCUGCAGCGGCUGCAAGCUCUACUGCAGGACCUCAGCGAGGUGGCCACCCCCCCACCCCCACCCACCAGCCCUGGCAGGGACGCUGCUCAGGACCCCUGAGGGGACAGCUCGUGCCAGGGGGCUCUUGCUGUGGGCUGAGGGCCUCUGGGCUGCCAACGGUCAGCCAGGGCAACAGGGGCCCACGUGAGUGUUGCACCCUGUGGCCCAGCAGUGUCUGGCCCACACACAGUUCCUGAGGGCCCUGGGCAACCUCUGGGGAAAGACUAGAAAACACAGAAGGAAGCAGCACAGGGAGACCCGCUUUGUGACACUGACUCUUCGAAAAUAAAGAGUGGAAGCCGCGGGUGACAUGCGAAGGGUUAUUUAUGGUUAUUAUGACCAUGUCCUGCAAAGAGGGGCUGGCAGCCACUACUGAGGAGGAGGGUCCCACCUCUCUCCUGUCGGCUUUCACCGAGGCCACAGCCAGACCUGGGGCAAAGGUGUUCCCGGUCCUACCCAGCCAUUCCUGGGCCUGCCGCCUCGGGGCUCACAGGACCCAGGAGUCCCCGGUUCACAGGCCAGGGCAUCAGGCCAGGCGCGCUCGGUGCACACUGCACCUGAGAGGACCUGGGUGCGCUCAGGAGACCAAGAGCCCCAGCGGGUCAGGAUGGUUGGCAUUCAGCUCCUACAAGGUGGGGGAAAGAGGCUGGAACUCAACGAAUGCAGAAAAUCUCCUAUUUUUCUUGUUAGUUUUUUUGCAAAGACAGGAUCUUGCUGUGUUGCCCAGGCUGGUCUUGGACUUCUGGCCUCAAGCAAUCCUCCCGCCUCCCAAAGUGCUGGGAUUACUGGCAUGAACCAUUGCGUCCGGCCGGAGCUCCCGGUUUCUAAGCACUGCACAAUACUAGAAGAGCUGACCUUUUUUCUGGCCUCGCAGCUUCUGCUGAGGCUGAGGGUAAGGAACAAAGAAACCUUUCUGUGACGACCACAGGGGCAGAGCGGUCUAUGUGCCGAGAUCCUGGCAUCAUCAAGGGAGGUGGGUCCUUGGGGAGGGGCAGCUUCCACAGUGUGGCUUCAGCGUGCACAGCCAGGUAGGCCCCGGAUGUUUGCCCCUCGCUGCCCUUGGGGAAGCACCUGACCGCUGGGGAAGUCCACCCAGGGAGAGGACACUGUCGGGGACAACACGCAGCAUCAGCACCCACAGGGGCCCAGCCUCUCCACUCGCCCGAGGUCUGGCUGUGGCCCCCAGCAGAAGUCCAGGGCUGGCGAGACCUCCGGCUGCAGGAAGGCAGGCCCAGGCCUCACGAUGGAGAACGUCGGGGUGUCCUGGUCCGGCCUGCUGUUUCGUGCAGUGUGAAAGCAGCAGCGUGAGCAGGCAAGAGGCCAACUCGGCUGGAGGCACCGACUGAAGCCAAGGCCACGGGGUUCUGUGGGCUGUGCACGGGCUCAGGCACACCAGGAAUGUGCCACGGGUCCUGUGGGUGGUGCACAGGCUCAGGCAUACCGGGGCUGUCAGCUCUGGCUCCCAGGGUCGCCGGCCUCACUGUCACUGCUCUGAGACAGCUCUGUGGGGCUUUCAAGGCAGUGCAGCUCCAGGAAGCUGGUGAUGAGCUUGGCGAUGGCUUCCACAUCACUGGGCGAGGCCGGCAAUGGGAGGAAGGUCAGGUCACCUCGGCACAGGGCGCCAUGAGACCCCACAGCAGACUCCUCCUCGACCACCCACCUCCAGCAGCCCCGGGGCUCCCAAACUGGACCCAGAACUUCCUGGCCUGCUCCUACCCUCCCAGCCACGGGGGCUGCCCCUGAGCCUGCACACGCUUAAUGUGGGCCCCUCUGUGUCCCGUCCACAAACUCAUCUCCUCUCCCAGCUGCCCCAUAGCUCUGGGCGGUCAGGAAUGGGAGUCACCUGACACAGCUGCAGCUCCAGCCAGAUCAAAGUCCCACAGCCUUACCUGCGGUGGCCCAUGACUGCACUCUGCGUGAGGGGGUGGGAGAAGCCCGUCGCCAGCCGGAGCACCACCAUGUAGCCCUUCCCGAAGUACCGGACCUUCUCCUCCUCCACGCUCACGUCGCGGACGUCAUGCAGCAGGACCACCACUGUAGGGAGACGGUCAGUGGCCGAGCCGUCCCCGCCCACACGUGCUGCCCGGCAGUCACACCAGGGCCACUGGCGCCAUCGAGAGCGACAGCCACACUUGGUGGGCAGCAAAAGCAUUUGCUGUUUCCUGCCUGAGGCUGGGUCCUGGAGGACUGCUGUGGCCCUGACAGCAGUGUAGGGUCCUCCAGGUGGGAAGGAUGUGCCCGCGGUGCAGGCUGGCAGGCCACGUGCACAGCCUGCUGGUUCUCCUGGGACUGCCGACCACGGGGACUCACUCAGUGCGAGGCCGCCAUCUUUACACUGUACUGUUUCCCCAAGGUUGGCUGCCGAGCCAGGGCCACCCUGCAAUUUCCUGUGGCAACUCAGGGAAGCCACCUCUUUGGGUACCAGGGCGGCCCCAACCAUUGUCAGAAAACGGCACCGCUGCCUCUCACAGCCCAGGCCAGGCCUGCAACUCCUCUCCCCAAAGCCACGGUGACCUGGGGCCAAUGCCCUGGCCAUGUCCCUGCAGGAAUCUAGGAAGCAGCCUGUCAGAAGCACAGCAUUGUGGCACUAAACCCAAGACUGCCCAGCAACUCUGGUCGCCAGAAUCUGUCCCCUCUCUGGGGCUAUGCAUGGGCAGCCGGACCCUGGGGCCUCUCUCUGUCUGUGCAGCAGCAUCUACAGGAAACUGGUACUGACCACAGCUGGACCACUGCCCAGGCUCAAGGGUGAGGGAUUCCUCGGACCUUCCAGCCCCUACUGCAGGCCUAGUAGCACCCACAGGUAAGCUGGAGCAGGGCCAAGGCCCGCAAGAAGCCAGGUGGCCCCACUCCGGAACGCCCGUGGGCUGCCAUGGUCUCCCUGCCCCACCCUGUGACCUGCUGCCGGGGCCAGACUGUACCUGGGGACAAGUGGCUGUCAGGCAGGCGAGAGAACACAGCUAAACAGAGGCUGCCCAAGCACGUUGGGCCAGACCCCUGUUCUGCCAGACCCUUGCUCCUCCAGACCUCUGCUCCUCCCACCCUCCCCAGGGGCCAAACCUCUAAAGAACCCAGGAGGCUCUAGGACCCCGCCGAGCAGAUGGCUUCCUGGAAACCGACAGGCACUGACCACCACGAACCUCCAGGAACAGGGACCCCAAGGCCGCUGGGGCAUCACCCCCACCCUCACCAGGGUAGACACUCAAGAAGAGGGGCUGGGGCCCCUCCCAGUCAGAACCCAGAGCCCUGAAGCUGCAGGUGCUGCUCUGUCAGAGCUGGACAUCUGCAGCCAACCUGACUCCCGUUGGGAACUGGGGAGCUGGGCAGGUGCGGGAGCUGGGCAGGUGCAGCGGGUGCUUGCUCCACUGCAGGCAAAACAAGCGCAGGGCGGCAGUGGAACCAGCAAAUGAAGGCAUGGAGGUCAGAGGGCAGCACUGGGCCAGGUUGAAAGGACUCAGGAGGGGCUCCGAGGUGGGAGGGCCAACUACGGGGAAAGCUGACUCGCAUCCCAUCGUGGCAACUCCGGGAAGAAAGCACUUUGGUGAAGACAGUCACAGGGAGCCUCUAAGAGAAAAAUGCCCUCGGGAGAUUCCUUGGCCAAGAAUGGUCCCAGGUGAGUGCAGGGGCCAUGUCCUGAUGAAUGGAGACCUCCAAGCAGGGACCAACGCUUCAGGACGGGGAGGCGCUAGGCCACCCAUGGCCCUUCCUCCUCCUUUCAUUCCCAUUGCAAGAAAACCCAGGAGCUGAACAGCCCUGCACUCUGUCCUGCACCCGAGCCAGCUUACCUCCCAGUCCUCCAGGUUCUGCACGGCCACAAACAGGCAGCCUGUGACGUAGAAGAGCUUCCAGCCCAGGCUAUCUGGAGAUGGACAUAGGGUGCCAGCCUGUGAGCUCCAGGGACGUGCCCACGGGAGGCCCCGCCUAGCGCAGCCUCCCCCACGCUUGCAAGGACCGCCUGGGCAGCUUCCUGUGCUGCUGACCCUGCCCUGGCCACUCAGGACCCAUAUGCGGCACACCCCACCCAGCUCUGACCCCCGGAGUCCACGUGAGAGAGGCAGGUGGGGUGCACAGGGCCUCUGCCUGUCUGGGCAGGCCCAGUGGUGGUGGCAGGUGGGAAGGACGCCUCACCCCACAGCUGGAUCUUAGACAGAUACUCAAGAGCAUCUUUCCGGUAAUAUCUGAUGACCCAAAAAUGCAGAAGACUUAAGAAGUGAAAUGCAGGCUGGGUGCUGGGCGGGAUGGGCGUGCGGAAGAACCGCAGUGCGUGGAGGGGCGCGGUGCCACCAGCAAUCAAGGGGCAGAGAUGCCGAUCCUAAAGGCUGCCCCAUGGAUGGUCACAAAGGAUGGUUUUUCCUUCUUUUCUCUGUUUUCCAAACAGCUGAGACCGUCACGGGGGGCGGGGCAGGGGGUGCUUUACCUCCACUGUAGUAGGCAGCAGCCAGGCCAAUCGACAAGAUUCCUAUGAAGAGAAAGUGACUGCCUGCCUAUUGAUCCAGUAUUUACUGGACACAUCCACCGUGUGAGGCUCCAGAACUGACACAGGUGUUACUCCAGCAGCACGUGGUGAGGCCUGAAGACUGUGCACAAAGAAUUACAACACGGCGUGCCACGCAAAACACACAGGAGGCUGUGGCAUGUCACAAAAAAGGUGGGCCCCAGAGACACAGCUGCUGAGGUACAGCCAGCCCACUCCUCACACGGUAUCAACACAAGUGCAGCUGUCCCCAAGGGUACAGGACCCUACUGGUACAUCCCGAGACGGCAGCACCACUCUCUACAGGAGGAGGGGCCUGGGGACAGACCGAGGCAGCUGAGCCCUUGGGCCUGCACACAGGCAGGCGCCCAUGCCAUCAGGCCCAGGCUGGAGGCCAAGAGCAGGUCCCCCAACUAAGUCACCUGCAGCCCCAGACACCAUCAGCCAAUCUGAUCUGUUCUCUGUGGUGGGGAACAUCACUGGAUCCCCCAGAGACCCCGUUUCCUGUGUAAGGAAGACCUUCUUCCGUUCACAGUGACACCGACUGCACGGGGGCUGUUUCCCCCUCAGACUCACGAGCUACAGCUGCAUCACCACCUGCCCAUCCUAUCUGGAAACCUAAUGUCUUGAGGAGGCUGCUAGCCCCCAGCAGCCUUUGAGCUUCUAGCACCUAUCAGCACCCCCUCUCCCCUGUGCUGGCCUCCACCAAGAAAAGGAACUGAAAGUCCCCUCAUGGCUUCAGGCCAUACUGGCACAGACCAACAGUCUCAGCUCUCUCUCUGCCUUCCUCCACCUGCUGAAAGUUCAGACUGCACAGUGGAGCGUCCUAAAAUGGCCAGAACCGACGAGUCACCAAAGGGGCUAAUCUUCCACACCGGGUUCUGCACGGACUGCAACAGCCCUGCCACUUCACAGUUUGCUCUGAACACUGGCCCCUGGGACCCCCGUUCUGGUAGUUUUUCAGGGCUUUCCCUGUGAAGUCAAAUUUCUGACAUUAAAUAGGGGGUUCAGGCUGGGCACGGUGGCUCAUGCCUAUAAUCUCAGCACUUUGGGAGGCCGAGGCGUGCGGAUUGCUUGAAUCGAGGAGUUCAAGACCAGCCAGGACAACAUGGUGAAACUCUGUCUCCACAGAAAAUAUUUAAAACUUAGCCCGGUGUGUGGUGCACGCCUGUGGUCCUAGCUAUUCAGGAGGCUGAGCUGGGAGGAUCACCUGAGGCCAGGAGGUGGAGGCCGCAGUGAGCCGAGAUCGUGCCACUGCACUCCAGCCAGCGUGACAGAGUGAGACUGUGUCUCAAAAAAAUUAAAAAUAGUGGGUUCAAAUCACAAAACCAAUCCUAGAUGCUGGUAUAUGACCGGGCUGCCUCCCGGGCCUCAGUUACCGCAUUGCUCCCCAAACACCCGGCAUUCCACACACAAAUACACACAAGCACACUCGCAGACACAAGCCACGCGCGGUGGCAGAGCCCCCCGCGCCGCUGGUCGCACCGAGCGCUCGUUUCUUUGUCCGGGUCGAGGGGGCUCCCGCCGCCGUGGCCAACCUGCAGCUGAACAGCCGGGAGGCCGCCCGCGACGGGCAGGGCGGGACACGGAGCAGCCGACAAGCGGGUCCAGGACGCAAACCCCGUCCGGAGUGGGCCCAAGGGUGCCGGGACACGCGGCACGGAGCGGGAAGGAAGUGCUGAGCCCACCCAGCCCAGUCGCCUACCGAGAGCACAGCGGUCCCCGCGCGGCAGCAGAGAGACGCGAACUGGCGGGGGCGGGGCCGCGCGGACUUCCGGGAUUGGAGCUGAGCGGAGCCGACUUUCGGGGGCGGGACCGCGCGGACUUCCGGGGUUGGGGGCGGGGCCGCAAGCAUUUCCUGGAUGGGGCGGAGCCGAGCGGAUUUCCGGGAUCGCGGGCGGGCCUGCACGGACUUCCGGGACCCGGGCGGAGCCACAGGAGGAGUCGGGUGGUUCCUGCUAAAGGAACCAGUUUUCUUGGAAAAGAGAAACGUGCGGGGAAACGUAUCCAAAAGCAAAGAACUUACCAAAGCCUAUGAGCGUCUUCCCAACAUAGAAGCGUAACUGAAGCGGUUCUUAUUGCCAAAAAAGAAGAUUUGAGCAUGAAUAAGAACAGUAAUUUCAAUGAAUUGAAAAUCUUCAGGUGCUCCAGGCUGUAAUUCAUAAUAAUGUAUUUUUUAACUGUGUUCACUUUUGGAGGAUGCUGGCAAGCUCUCCCCAGUUUGUGGCCUGGUUAAUAAAAGGAAAGCAUCAAGCAUUUGUCCUCCCUUUAUGAAAUUUACAGCAGAGUAACCAAAUACUGCAUGAGAAGAAUGUCUCAUUAUAGAAGUUUUCCCGCUAAUAAAUGAAGAAGAAACAGGAUUAACACAUCACCUUAUGAAUUAACGGACCUAGGCAAUGUCAUCAAUGACUGCUAAUUAACAUCGCAAAAAGGUCAGAUACUGGAAGUACACAACACCAUCUAUGCAGUAGUCUUGCCAGAAAAAAAUUUAAGCUGAAAGUGAACAAGCUUCUAGAGUGAAUUACUGGAAAUUCGGAAGACAAGACUGUACUAAAGGAUUCUACAAGGAUACAAGUCAGCAAUUGCGGGUGUAAAACAAAAAUAAAAUUCAAACCCUCAA